AUGGUUCUUCACAACCCCAACAACUGGCACUGGGUGAAUAAGGAUGUCUCGGCUUGGGCCAAAGACCACUUGAAGGAAAAUCUGUGCUUGAUUUCUGCAGAGGAAAAUGGUGUCACUGCAAAGAUCUCCAAUCUACUGACCAUGGAUGGCGACGUAGAUGUCAGCCAGAGAAAGAACAAGGUCAUCACCCUGUUCGACGUCAAAUUACGACUCGAGUAUGAAGGUAAGACCCAGGACGAGGAGUCUGUUAGCGGUACCAUCACGAUCCCUGAGGUUGCCCACGAUACGGAGGAGGAUGAGUACGUUUUUGAAAUAGAGAACCACUCCGAUUCCUCGUCAAAGCAGCCCGUUAAAGACCUUGUUCGGUCGAAGAUUGUUCCCCUUAUCAGACAAGAGUUGGCCAAAUUGGCCCCAGCUCUGAUCGCUGAGCACGGGAAGGAUAUCCAGCAUGCCCCUGGUGUUAACCCAUCCAGUGGCUUUACAGCCCCAACCUACCACCCUCAGACGGCUAAGCAGGACUCCGCUCCUAAGACUACCUCUACCACCACGACCACCAACAAGGUCUCGGUGAACACUACCACCGUCACUGCCUCGGAUGAGUUCCGCACCACGGCUGAGGAGCUGUAUAACACCUUCACCGACCCGCAGCGUAUUGCGGCUUUCACCCGUGGAGCGCCUCGUCAAUUCGAUGGUGCCCAUGUAGGAGGAAAGUUCUCUAUAUUUGAUGGCAACGUGACCGGAGAGUAUGCUAAACUGGAGGCCCCUACUUUGAUUGUGCAGAAGUGGCGUCUGGCGCAGUGGCCCGAAGGUCAUUUCAGCUCUCUCGAAAUCAAGUUUGACCAAAAUGACAUCGAUGCCGUCACACAGAUGCGGGUGACUUGGUCCGGUGUGCCCGUUGGCCAGGAGGAUGUCACCAAGCAAAACUGGGAAAUGUAUUAUGUCCGCAGCAUCAAGCAAACGUUUGGAUCGCAUUUGCUAUCAUGGAGACACCUACUGAUUUCGUUUUUUGUGCUUCUUCUUGCUGUAGGUUUGGCACUAUCCUCUGAUAGUGUGCGCAAAUACUUGGAGGCGUGA